ACCGCACUGAACUUUGGUUUCAUAUUAAUAACCGAGUCUUGUAAGAAACAAAAACCCUACCAGUUAAGGUUCUCCGGACGGUUUGCUUGCUGCUCUUCCGGAAUACAGGCUGAACAAACGACUAGCAAGCACGCCGAAAUGUCCGAGGAAUCCAAACCCGAAGGCUCGAAGAAGGGAGGAGGAAAGGGAAAGGGAAAGGCCGGGGGGGAGGGGGGAGAAAUGAACAACAUUUCUGGUGCACUGGUCGAGCAGCUGCUCAACGCGAACCCGAGCCUUGCUGGGGAGAUGCAGGGAAUGGACCCGAAGAAGAUCGAGGAGAUGAUGAGAGGGAUGAACUUGCAGGAUAUACUUACCGGGAUGGUAUGUUUGCUGCUUUCCCAAUGGCUUCAAGUCAGAGGAGGAGGGGACAGUUGCUAAUUACAACCUGUGGGUGGGGUGUGUAGGCUGCCGGCGGGAAGAACCAGAAGGAUAUGGCUUCUUACAAGUUUUGGAAUACACAGCCAGUUCCAAAGUUUGGUUUGUUUUUCUAUCGCUGUCCUUAGUGGUGGGAGUUGGAGGCGCUGAUUGGGAGUUGUAGGUGAGGACGAACCGUUGUCGGAUGGACCGUUAAGGGAGAAUGAUCUUUCAAGGGUCAAGACUGUGGGUGCUGAAUUGAUUGAGGGAUUCGAGUGGGAUACUGUCGAUCUUACGGAUGACCAACAGGUUUUUCCCCUUUCUACUGAGGUCUGUUUGGGGUGGCUCUUAUGAGGGGAUAGGUCCGGGAGGUCUACGAGUUACUCAGCAAUCAUUACGUUGAGGAUAGCGAGGCCAUGUUCCGAUUCAACUACUCUGCAUCGUUUCUGCAUUGGGCACUGAAGGCUCCGGGUUGGAUCAAGAACUGGCAUGUCGGUGUGCGUGUAACGGGUACGAAGAAACUUGUAGCGUUCAUAUCCGGUAUCCCUGUCACCUUGAGGGUCCGGGAGAACUCCCUCCGGUGCUCGGAAAUCAAUUUCCUAUGCAUUCACAAGAAGCUUAGGGGCAAGCGACUUGCACCUGUGUUGAUCAAGGAGGUCACUCGAAGGUGCAAUCUUGAGAGUGUAUGGAAUGCUAUCUAUACCGCCGGUGUUGUGCUCCCAAAGCCGAUCAGUACCUGCAGAUACUUCCAUCGCAGUUUGGAUUGGCUCAAGUUGUACGAGACUGGGUUUUCUCCUCUCCCUGCCACUAGUACGAAGGCGAAGCAGGUUACUAAGUAUGCUUUACCUGCGAAUACAUCAACUAAAGGUUUGAGGGAGAUGGAGGCGAAGGAUUCAGACGCUGUGCACGAUUUGCUCACGAGGUAUAUGGAGAGGUUUGACCUAGCUCCCAAAUUCACAGUUGAGGAUAUUGGGCAUUGGCUAUUGAACGGUGGGUCAAAGUAUGAGGAAAGGAUUGUUUGGACCUAUGUCGUUGAGGUGGGGAUCUUUCCCGCUGAUUUCUUGAUGGGAGCUUAGCUGACUGUUCUGCAGGAGGAAGGGAAAAUCACCGAUUUUUUCUCCUUUUAUUCGCUUGAGUCCUCCGUCAUUGGGAAGGAGGAGACUAUUCGUGCUGCGUACCUGUUUUAUUAUGCCUCUGAGACUGCUUUCAGCAAGUCUCCGGAUGCAAAGAAAGAGCUUAAGGUCCGCUUGAAUGCACUGAUGCACGACGCUCUUAUCCUGGCUAAGAAGGUUCAGCUUUUUUUUCUUCUUUCAUUAAAUGUGGAUUCUGCUAAUAUGCGAGUAGUUUAAUUUUGAUGUCUUCAAUGCUCUCACCCUGCUCGAUAAUACCCUCUUCCUUGAAGAGCAAAAGUUUGGAGCCGGCGAUGGAUCAUUGCAUUACUAUCUAUUCAACUGGAGAACCUCUUUCAUCAAUGGAGGAAUUGAUGAUGAGAAGAAUAUCGACCAGGACAAAGGUAGUGGUGUCGGUGUUGUUAUGCUGUAAUCCUUUUUUAUGUUGAUCUGCAUACGGAUUCUCUCGGCGGAAGGGUUAGAUGGGGCUGAAUCGGAUCGUGUUUUUCUUAGCUAAAUAAGGAAUGCUUGAAAAAUGCUCGUUCUGUUGGUCGUAGUCAGUCCACUCUACAUACCGUAUUUGCACUGUAUUUUGGGAGUAAAAAUCUUUCCGCGGCUGGCCCGAUAAAUUACUCGUACUGUAAUCGUGGUAUGGAUUAAGCAUAACUUGGGUUAAGCUUUUUUGGGGUUAGCGCUGUGUAUCA